AUGAAGUGUUACUGUGUUCAUAGAGUGCUAUCAAGACAAUUUUCUAAAUUGGGUAAAAUAAUAGGAAGUCAUCCGAUAUACUUCUUCUUAGGACCUAUUAUUUUAUGCUCGAUACUUUCGACUGGUAUUAUGCGUUUGAAAUUAAAUAGAGAAAUAGAUUAUCUAUUUACAGCACAAAAUGGAAGAGCUCAUCUUAAUAAGAAAUUAGUAGAAAAUAUUUUCAAAAAGAACACGUCUUCUUUUUCUGAUAUCAUCAGAAGGACAGGAAAUGAUAAUACAAUUAUUAUUCAGAUGUUAGCAAAAGAUAAAGGCAAUAUGUUUAGAGAAGAAAUAUUUGAAGAUAUUGUUAUGAUAGACGAAUACAUAAAAAAUAUUACAAUAGAAAGAAAUGGAAAAUUGAUUAAUUAUUCAUCUAUAUGUGCUCUAAAUAAUGGACAAUGUAGCCAAGAUUCUGUUUUAAAGAUAGCUCCUUAUAUCAAAAGUAUAAUUGAUGGAAAAUAUAAAAUUAAAUAUCCUUAUCAUCUAGAUGGUUUUACAUUCUAUUUAACACAAUACGUAUUUUCUUUGGGUGGUGUAGAAUUGGAUGAUGAUGGCAAUGCAAUAUCAAUCAAAGCAAUUCGUUUGUCUUACAUGUUUGAUAACACCGAUAAAUCAAAAAUUGAAGAUAUUAAAGAAUGGAUUAACCAUUUCAAUAAAGUAAUUAAACCAAUCAAUUUACCGCAUACAAUAUUAAUGGUACUUCAUAAUUAUGGUUUCUUUGAAGAAAUAGAUAAAUUUAGAGAUGGUAUUUUACCAAAGCUUCCUGUCCUUGCUGCAGUAAUAAUAAUUUUUGCUAUUCUAACCUGUAUGACAAAUGACUGGGUUCGAAGUAAACCAUGGUUGGGAUUAUCUACUUGUGUUUCAGCAUUUUUAGCCAUUGCUAGUGGUUUUGGUCUUGGAAUAUAUUUUGGAAUUGAAUCAAUUGAUGCAAAUUUUGCUUUAAUAUUUGGUGUAAUAGCAACCGAAGUUGAUGAUGCAUUUGUGUUAAUAGCAGCAUGGAGAAAUACUAAUCUUAAUGAUCCUGUGGAAAAACGUAUGGAAUCAGCAUAUUCUGAAGCUGCUGUAUCUAUAACGAUUACAUCAUUAACUAGUUUUUCAUCAUUUUGUAUUGGUUCAUCAUCACCAUUUCCUGGAGUUAAAAUAUUUUGCAUUUAUGCAGCCAUUUUUGUAUGUUUUACCUAUAUAUAUCAGAUUACAUUUUUCGGAAGUUGCAUGGCUUUCAGUGGUUAUAGAGAACAGAAGAGACUCCAUCCUUUCAUUUGUAGACGUGUAAAAGAAAGAAAAACUUCGCAUUUAUCACUACACAAAGAAGAAUUCCUAAUGGUUAUAUUUAGAGACAAAUUAGGAUCUUUAUUAAUGUCCAAAUCCACUAAAGUUAUCAUCAUCGUAAUUUUUAUGAUAAAUCUAUCUGUUUCUAUUUAUGGUUUAGUUAAUCUUAAAACAGGAAAUGAUUUUUCAGAUGCUUUAGCUUUUGAUUCCGAAUUAAACGAUAUUAUCGCUUUUAAUUAUAAAUAUUUUGGUAAAUUUCUUUAUCCUGUACACAUUAUUAUAGAUUAUCCAUUAAAUUAUGCUGAUCCAGCAGUACAAAAAUCUAUAGAUAAAACUUUAGAACUAUUCGAAUCUCAUCCUCAUAUUGCUGAAGGAACUCUUACAAUUUCUUGGCUUAAAUAUUUUAAAUUGUUUUCUAAUCGUCCUCUAGGAAAAUUUAUUCUAAAUGGUUAUAAUAUAAGUAAUAAAUUAGAAUUUAUCGACGUUGUAAAAAAUGUUUUUUUGAAAUUAUAUCAGAGUAGACAAUUUAUAGAAGAUGUUAUAUUUAAUGAAAAUUUAACAGAAAUUACUUCUACUAGAUACUUAUUAUUAAUUACAAAUAUUUCGGAUACGGAAACAGAAACAGAAGUUAUUAAACAAUUAUAUGAAAUAACUGAUAAUUCACCUUUACCUAUUAAAAUUCAUGGUAUAAAUUUUCAUUUAUUAGAACAGGCUUUAAUAAUUAAACAGGCUACAUUUCAAAUUGCAAUUGUUACUUCAGCUUUAGUGUGUAUUAUAUUUUUUCUAUUUAUACCUAAUCUCAGUAAUGUCUUUUGUAUUGCUAUAAUAGUUUUCUGUAUUAUCUUCGAAACCAUUGGUUAUAUGAGUUUAUGGAAUGUAAAAUUAGAUAUGCCGUCUUUAGGUACAUUAAUUUUAUGUGUUGGUUUUUCAAUUAAUUAUCCAACUCACAUAUCUUUUUCUUUUGUUACUGCUAAAGGUUUAGAUUCUAAUGAAAGAAUUAAAAAAUCAUUAUAUGAAGUAGGAUUACCUAUUUUUCAAGGAUCAACUUCUACUAUAUUAGGUGUAACUGUUUUAGCUUUUGAACCCUACUAUGGUACAUUAUGUUUUUUUAAAAUUAUAUUUUUAAUUGCCUUACAAACUGCUUUUCAUGCUAUGUUCGUUAUACCCGUUGUUUUAAAUUUAUUGAGUCGUUUUGAUAAAACAUUAACUAUAAUAAUGAAGAUACAUUAUGAUAUUAUACAAAUUAAACUUUCUUCCUGUUUAGAAAAAUUAGGAAAAGCUAUAGGAUAUAAGCCUGCUCCGUUCGUGAUUAUUCCUAUUAUUAUUUCAGUUAUAUUUGGAACAGGAAUAAUAAGAAUGAAUUAUGAUAGAGAAUUCAUCAAAUUAUUCUCGUCGGAAACUAGUAAAAGCUUUGAAGAAAAGUUUUUAGCUUAUAUCAAUGAAAUGAAAUUUCAAUACAUCACUGUCAGCGCAGAAGGAAAAUGGAGUUUAAUUUCAGAAAUUAUAGAAUUUACAAAGAGAUUAUUUCCAUUAACAAGUGUUGUUUUCUUUACUGUAUUACUUUUUUCUACAUUAACUUGUAUGACAAAUAGUUGGAUAAGAAGCAAGCCAUGGCUAGGAGUUGCUAGUUGUGUAUCAGCUCUAUUAUCUACUGUUACUUCUUUUGGUUUUCUUUUCUAUUGCGGUAUGAAGAAUAUAGAUAUAAAUGUUACGUUACCUUAUCUCAUAUUAGCUAUAGAAAUAGAUGAUGCUUAUGUAUUAAUAUCUGCUUGGAGAAGAACAAGUGCUAGAAUGAAAGUGUAUGAUAGAAUGGGAGAAACUUUCAAAAAAGCUGCAGUUUCGGAUGGAUGGCAAUUUCUGGAUUAA